AUGCUUCUUUCCGCUGUUCGUAGAUGUUCAUCAGCUCUUAAAAAUGUUCAACCACUUUUUGAUCGUGUUAUGAUCAAAAAAGCUGCUGCUGAAGUAAAAUCUAAAGGAGGUAUUUACAUUCCAGAGAAAGCCCAAGGAAAGGUUCUUGAAGGUACUGUUGUUGCUGCUGGUCCAGGACUUCGUACUGAGGAUGGUAAACUUAUACCUUUAUCAGUUAGUGUUGGAGAUCGUGUUAUGUUGCCGGAUCAGAUCUCAUCGCCAAACUCACUAACUAAGGAAUACAUUAAAGUUUUGUAUUCUUGUUGUGUAGUUUGUGGUGAUAUGGUAGGAGGGAGAUUAAUACAAUAG